AUGCCUUUCGACACGGAGCUGACCCGCCGGCUCGGCAUCGCUGUCCCUGUUGUUCAGGGUGGCAUGCAGCAUGUUGGAUACGCUGAGAUGGCGAGCGCUGUGUCCAACGCCGGCGGCUUGGGCAUUAUUACUGCCCUCAUCUUCCCAGAGCCCGAGGGCCUCCGCCAGGAGAUCCGGAAGUGCCGGAAGCUGACCAGCAAGCCAUUCGGUGUCAACAUCACUCUCCUGCCUGCUCUCGUCCCCCCAAAUUACGAGGCCUACGCCCAGGUCAUCAUUGACGAGGGCGUCAAGAUCGUCGAGACUGCCGGCAACUCUCCCGGGCCUGUGAUUUCCAAGCUCAAGAAGGCCGGCUGCAUUGUCCUCCACAAGUGCACAACGAUCAGGCAUGCCCAGUCCGCCGUUAAGCUCGGCGUCGACUUUUUGAGCAUUGAUGGUUUCGAGUGCGCUGGCCACGUUGGUGAAUCAGACAUUACCAACUUUAUCCUCCUCAGCAAGGCGCGCCAGACCCUCAAGGUGCCCUUCAUCGCCUCUGGUGGCUUUGCUGAUGGCCAAGGUCUGGCCGCCGCCCUGUGCCUCGGUGCCUGCGGCGUCAACAUGGGCACCCGGUUCCUGUGCACGGUCGAGUCCCCUAUCCACCACAACAUCAAGGAGCAGAUUGUCAAGGCGCAGGAGACCGACACCACGCUCGUCCUCCGCCGGUGGCGCAACACUACCCGUCUGUACAAGAACAAGGUGACGGAACAGGCGCUCAAGGUUGAGCAGGAGAGCAAGACGGGCGAGUUCUCCGAGAUUGCUCCCUAUGUCAGCGGAAAGCGCGGCAGAGAGGUGUUCAUCAACGGAGACCCAGAGUACGGUGUCUGGACUGCUGGUCAGGUUAUCGGUCUCAUCAACGACAUCCCGACCUGCAAGGACCUGGUUGCGAGAAUCGAGAAGGAGGCCGAGGAUACUCUCAAGGAGCGACUUGCGUUGGUUAAGCCGGCGCCUAAGCUAUAG